AUGUCGGCUCGUCGAAAUGCUACUCUGUUUGGACAGUCGAUGGUGAGGCCACACACUCUUCGGCCACGGCUCUUCUCGGGUAACACCCCCGAAGCACGAGCACAGCUCUCGGCUACGUCGACGUCGUCGCAUAAACUCCGAGCUCGAUCGCUGGCCACGUCUUCCAACCCGUUCCCUUCAAGUUCUACUUCUUCACCAAGCUCGACAUCCUCCCCUCCCCGAAGACCAAGUUCCUCCCGGACGUUCCUCAGCCUAGCGACGGGACUCGUGCUCGGUUCCGCCCUCGCGUUGACCUUACCUCGACCUCGUCUCCUGUCCCUCAUCUUGCCCAACCCUACACCUCUCCCUCACGCCGCCGAUUCCGAAGAAGGCCGUUUAGAAACCCAACGAAUAGAGAAAGAACUUGAGGCGCUUCCCAUCGUCAAGCAAUUAAGGGAAGCCCAAGUGCCCGCCGCACAAGGGUACGCGAACCCCCUGAUCGCGCAAGACGUUUCCCCUACGCACGUCGAGACGUCCCUCACUGGAAUCGAGGAUAGAGCUCCACCGAGGGAUAGCUCCCUCGCGCCCAAAUACCGCGAAUCACGUCCUUACGCGGCGGCGAACGCGGGACCUCAUUCACUCUCGGGUUUCACGCUCAGGGGUCCGAGCAAAUUCGCGAUCCCUCCUUUGGCGUUCACGAGCAAGGAUAAUAAAGAGGCGGUGUUUUUGAUGCAUUUGGGGAGGGGUUUGUGCGGUCAUGAAGGGGUCGUGCAUGGGGGUUUGUUGGCGACCGUUUUGGAUGAGAGUUUGGCUUGGACGGUCAGUCGGCGAAGGGCUCUUUCCGGGCCGAAACAGGCAUUGAAUGCAACGAUUGGGUCAUCUCACAGGCUUUGCAGUUGUUACCGAGUAAUAUCGGGGUGACGGCGACGCUGUCGUUGUCGUACAAGAAGCCGACGUUCGCGGACCAGUUCGUGGUCAUCCGGACCGAGUUUGUGCGACAGGAGGGAAGGAAGGUUUGGGUCAAAGGACAGGUCGAGGAUUUGGAGGGGAUGGUGUUGGUACAAGCCGAGUGAGUUUUUUCUUCUUCUUCUUUCUCUUACGUGUGGAGUUUGUUCGAGAUGGGUGGCUGAUUUUAAUCUGGUUUCAUGUGACCCGCUCUCAGAGCUUUGUUCGUCGAGCCCAAGAUGGCCAAGUUUUUAUCGAGUAGUAGUGUGCGUGAACAUUUCAAGUAG